CAGACCGUGGGACAGCACGCGUUGUUCGUAUACUGUCUAGUUUUCUUCCCUGCACUCCGUCGCGGCCAACGUCCAGCCCGUCAUGGAUGGAGACGUUGGCGCAGAAAAUCUUCCUUUAUCGCUCAUUGUGAUACCUCCCGCCUCUGACACCGAUGCUGCCGGCCGUUCGACCCGUAUCAACGUUCCACUUUCCGAUGAGCCAUCUACCUCCGCUUCCGACUCAUCUUCGCUCGACAGCAAGCUAUCGGAAAAGCUACCUGUUGUGUUGAAUCCGCCUCCAACAUCAAUUACUGACACACUGUCUCAAAGUCACUCAGUGGCAGCGUCGAAGGAUGUCAACGGACAAGUCGAAAUCAUAGAAGCUUCAUCUAUCAAUCGAGAUGUCACGAACGACGGCCUGGAUGUAGUUGGUGAAGAUGGACAAGACUGGGGCCAAGAAAAUGAGCAUGAAAUGAAGCGCGUCAAGGUCUAUGAGCUCGUAGGAUCGAGAUGGCACGACCGAGGGACUGCCUUCUGCUUUGGCCACUUCUCUCAGGACGGCACUGAAGCACUUUUGACUGCUCGAUCCGAAAGAAAUCUACAGGAAGUUGUGCUCAGUACAACCAUUCGCUCAAAUGACGUAUAUCAACGGCAGCAAGAUACAUUGAUUGUUUGGACAGAACCAGAUGGGGUGGACUACGCACUCAGCUUUCAAGAGGCUGAGGGUUGUGCAGAGGUUUGGAACUUUAUCAGCGAGGUCCAGCGACAUAUGAACCUUGGAGACGACCAAGGCACCUCCAUAGGAUCUUCGUCCCCCAUCCUUGGCCCAGAAAGCUCGGCGACCACCUCGAACAUUAUUCGGUCGGGACAUCUGCCCACGCCACAAAUGGGCAUAAUCGGCGAUAUUGAAGCGGCCAUUAAAGGGCUAGCCAGGACACCAGUCGUCAAAGAGCGGAUAUGCGAGUAUAUCCAGCACGAGGAUUACAUCAAACAAUUAAUUGAAGUCCUUCACGUUGCCGAACGAGAAGAAAAUUUGGAGAACCUGCAUGCCCUCUUCAGCAUUAUGCAGACGAUACUAAUGCUCAACGAUCAUGGUAUGUAUGAGCACAUCUGCGAAGACGGUCUGUUCUUCGGAGUAGUCGGGAUGCUUGAAUAUGACCCCGAGUUUCCUUCCCACAAGGCUAAUUAUCGCGAGUUUCUCACAGAAACAGCGCGUUUCCACGAGCCCAUUACCUUUCAGCCCGCCAUUCAGCGCAAGAUUCAUCAUACCUAUCGUCUGCAAUUUCUCAAAGACGUUGUGUUGGCGCGCGCUCUUGAUGACUCCACCUUCAACGUCCUCAAUUCCUGUAUUAUCUUCAACCAAAUCGAUAUUAUCAACCACAUACAACAGGACCUCACCUUUCUGCGGGAAGUAGUUCGUCUCUAUGUGGAUGAGGAUAUGUUGAGCGGAGGCGGAAUCAGGAAAUCACCCCCUCAGGUCCAGCAGCAGCAGUCCAAUGGAGACGUCAAAUCCUCCCGGACAGAAACGAUUGGGAAGCCGCCUAGCGCAGAUAUAACAAAUGGAAUACAUCCGACGACGCCGAUACCUCCAGCGACUGACCCUGACGAUCAGGGGUUUGUACUACGCCGUGAAGUGAUUUUUCUCGUCCAACAGUUAUGCGUCAUGGGCAAAAAUGUUCAGCUGCCCGCCCGAAUGGCCCUGUUUAGGUCACUCGUUGAUCGAGGUAUUCUGUUUGCCGUUCAAUGGGCGUUAAACCUGCCUGAGAACAAGGAUGCAUCUAAACCUGUUAUCAGUGCUGGUGGAGAGAUUCUUGCCGCGCUGCUGGAUCACGAUAUUAAUGGUGUUCGAGGACAUGUGCUCAAGCAGGUGGUGGCUAUCGAGAAGGAGCGUGACGCAGGGAAGAAAGGUUCCGACAAGGCUGAGACAAUCCUCGAGAUGGCGUGUAGGUUAAUGGCGCAAAGCAAGGAUAUUGCCGUUCAAAGCCAGAUUGGGGAUGCUUUAAAGGUUUGGCUAGAUCUUCCGCUUGAGAUGGUGACUACUGGAGGCGGCUCGGAAGCUCAUCCUGCUUCCAAGAUGCCAACACGGAAGGAUGACCCGGGUACCGAACGCUUUAUGGACUACUUUUAUAAAGAUUGUGUGAUGACGUUGUUCUCGCCAUUCAAUGAACUUCCGGAAUGGAGAAACACCACUGAACCUGUCCUACACCUCACUCGGGAACAAGCCAACGAAUUCGUGUAUUUGUGUGAUCUGUUGUACAAUUUUGUCCUCCAGCAUCAUUUUCGAAGUCAUUUCUUCGUGAUGUCGACCAAUAUUAUGGUUCGGGUACCAUCAUUGUUCAAGGCACGGGAUAAGCACCUACGACAUGCUGCUUUCCGAUUCUUUCGGCUGUUGCUCAAACAGAACAACCCGAAUAUCCACGGACAGAUUAUGAAGUUUGACAUCUUCAAGCCUAUCCUAGACCUGACGUUGCGGGAAUCGCGGAGGGACAACCUUCUAAGUUGUUCAUGUCAAGAAUACUUUGAACACAUGCGAAGGGAGAACAUGAAGGACCUCAUCAAAUUCUGCAUGACGAAACACGAAGCCGAGAUCAAGGCUUUGUGCGAUACGCCUCUUGGUGCUCAAAGAUUUCAACUCUUUAUUCGGAGAUGGGAAAUCAAUAAUGAGCCGAUCCCCACUGAAAGUAAACCUGACAAGUUUGAUCAUCGCGGCUGGCCCAUCCAGGCUCGUACGCUUGAAGCCGAGGAAGAGGACUACUUCAAUGCAGACGACGAUGAGGACGAUUACAUUCCCUCCAUUAGUCAUUCGUGGAAUCGCGGCAACAACACUUCUACGUCGCCAAUGAACACGCUGAAACGAAAGCGGAGAAUGGCAAUACGUGGAUCGCCAAGAGGUUUCUUCUCAUCACAGCAUUCCCCCAUACAACAUUCACCUAUACCCAGUCCUCCACCUAUGCGAACGCUCUUAACCCCGCUGGUGGAUUAUGAUGAAGAAGACUCAGACGAGCAAGAAGAGUUAAUCGGGCCAAAGCCAUUAAACUCAUCGAAGACACCUCUACCACCUUCUCCAGAGCUUUCUGCUUCUUCGACUCCUCUACUAUCGAAUAGGCGGUCCCUAUCACCAGGCCCACCACCAAAACGACCCGCCGAUGACGACGACGAAGAGGACAACCUCCUGGAGUCUCUGGUAAGACAGAAACUGCCGCUUCGUCCACAGUCUCCUGCCCCCGGAAUGAUGUCUUCAAUGUCUGGCAUGGGUCUCCUACGGCCCAGCGAGAAGCGCCGACGGUCAGAUGAUGACGAUGACGAACUAAUGGAACGUCUGACGAAGGUCAAGAAGCAAGAUCAUGGAACACAAAAGGAGGGCGCAGGUGGGCCGAUAGGCCCUCGAGCAAAACCCGGGGAUGACCCGCCUCCGAAAAAAUUUAAAAUGAAAAUCGGAGUUGGGAGUGUAGCAGUGGCCUCUUUACCCCCAAAUUCGGCCCCUUCAGAAACCGGCGCCAAGGACGAAGAUACAGGAUAAGACAUAUCUUGUCCGUUGUUUAUUUGCUACAACGUCCAUGAUGUAUCUAGAUACAUGCCCAUGCCUUGUAUAGACGUACUGAUGUUAUAUUAUUUGUCGGUUCCUUACUUAUUCAUUUUCUUUGGACAUUGUGAUUAUGUUGUGGUGAAAGGUACCGGUGAUGAUGUGUCCCCGCUCGCUAAAUCUUCCAAAGCAUGGUCAAGUAGCGGUCCGACGGAUAAGGAACCGAUACUUACAGCAAAUUUCUCUCACAGAUCAUCCUGCGUAUCUGAGUUCUCUCUAGGAUGUAGUUACCCGAACACCCUACAAUACGCGAAUGGAUAAGGGGCAGUUCCAAAUCGUCCAAGAACUCGUGUUGACGAUAAUAUGAUCUUGACUGCGAACAUCCUUCUCCCGGG